AUGGCUGAUAAUAGUAAAUUUCAAGUUGAUUUCUAUUAUGAUGUUUUUUCUCCAUACAGUUGGAUUGCUCUCGAGGGCCUUCUUCGUUAUGAAAAAGUUUGGCCAAUAUCACUGAAAUUGAAACCUUUCUGUCUUCGGGACAUUAUGAUCGCCACAGGGAACAGACCACCGGCUGUAGUUUUGGCAAGAGCUAUGAACAUGCUCAAAGAUAUUCAAAGAAACAACGAAUUUUGGGGUAUGAAGAUUACGCCACCAGCUAAAUUCCAAUCAUGGUUGAAGAACAAGAGCACUACAACUGAAGUUACUCAAAAAACUCUAAUUGUUCUGCAACAUGAGCAGCCAGAGAAGCUUUUAACUGUCUCAAGAGGCUUUUGGAAGAGAAUGUGGAACGACGGAAAACCUAUUUUCCAGAGGGAUGAUAUUUUAACAGUAUUGAAAGACUGUGGUGUAGAAAAUUUCGAAAAUGUUUAUGAGAGAGCAUUGUCAUGUCCUAAGAUUGCUGAAGAACUGAAGGCGAAUACAACAAACGCUUUGGAUGAAGGGGCUUACGGAGCACCAUGGAUUGUUGUCCACAAAGACGGGGAGACCCAUGCGUUUUUCGGAUCUGAUCGUUUUCACUUCAUAGCUCAACUAAUCGGACAAACAUUCAGUGAUGGGCUGAUAAGAUUUUCGUCUAAAUUAUAA